CAGCUGGCAAUUUAUUACUUUCAUUUGGAAUUCUUGUAGCUGGCACAUCAGCCACCAAAGUCCUGAGAGUAUUCCAGCAUAUGGGAUUGAAAUGCAUCUCACUUUCAACUUUUUUAAGCAUCAACAUGAAAAAUUAUUUCCUGUGAUAUAUCUUCAUUGGAAAAAGUAUCAAGAGGGAUUAAUUUCAAAAUUGAAAAACCAAGAUGAUCUCAUGAUAUCUGGUGAUGGAAGGCAUGACAGCAUGGGUCAUAGUGCCAAGUAUUGUGCCUACACAAUAUUUUGCUGUACAGUUCCAUUCAUCAUUCAUUUUACACUGGUGCAGAGAAACGAAGUGGGUAGCAGUCCUGCAAUGGAGUACCAUGGGUUUGUACGGGCUAUGGAAUAUCUUCUGGGCACUGGCUUACUUGUGAAGACUUUUGUUUCCGACCGACAUUCAGGAAUUGCAAAACACAUGAGGGAAAAGCUGGCCAGCAUCAAACAUUACUUUGAUGUUUGGCAUCUAAAGAAAAAAAUCACAAAAGUUUUGACAAAAAUUGCAAAAGUUAGUGGAAAUGAGAUUUUGAAUGAGUGGAUUAAACCAUGUGCAAACCAUCUAUUUUGGAGUGCCAUGACCACAAAAGAUGGAAAUGGUGAAGUUAUUUGGGCUAAGUUUUCAUCGUUCUUCAGCCACGUUGUCAACAAGCACAAAAAUCUCAAAAACCCCGUUUUUGAUAAGUGUGCUCAUGGAGAUGAGAUUCAACCACGGAAGUGGCUGGAUGAAGAUUCUAUUGCAUAUGAGAAAAUGGUGGCUGCACUUACAAAUACAAAGUUGAUGAAUGGUAUAAAGCAGGCGUCUCCUUUCGGCCAGACAAGUGCUCUAGAGGGAUUCCAUUCAGUGCUCAACCAGUUCUCACCAAAAAUGAUUGGAUACAGCUAUCAAGGAAUGUUUUGCAGGCAUGCACUUGCUGUAAUCCACUUUAAUAAUAAUCUGCAUCGGAGGAACAGAAUGAAGGAUGGCGUUGAACAACUUCAUGUUGUGUACCCAAAAUUUAAAAAUGGAGAGGCUGUUGUUAGAAAUGUAAAAGUGAAGCAAAACUUUGAUUAUGUUGAUGAAAUAUACAAUACAAUGAUUGAUGCAAUCUCUAACAAAAAACUCAAGAAGGCAAUUGAAGAAUUAAAAGGUUUAACACCACCACCAAUGAACAAAAUGCUUGACAUGCAGCCACGUGCUGAGGCUAUUGACAAAAAGAAAAGAAGGGAAAACAUGCCCAUUGUUAAUGUGCCACCAACAAAUCCUGUACCUACUGUUGUGAUUCCAAAUCCUGGUGAUAGCACUGCACGAAACAAGCCAAAGUGCAAAGCAUGCAAACAACCAAUGAAAGGCCACAAAAAUGUUAAAGAUUGCCCCAAGAACCAAAAUAAAUAAUUUUGUAAAAGGGCAGAGUUUAAUUGUAAAAUAUAUUAUUAUUCAAGU